AUGUCUGUGUACAGUCAGGAAGGUGACUUGAGCUUCGACUUUGGCUAUCCCUACUCGUCGUUUGAACUCCCUGCCACAUCAUCAUCAUCACCAGAGCUCAUGCCGGUCAUGGACUUUGCCCUCGAUCCCGCCUUCCUGGACGUGGACGUGGACCUUGACCUUGACCUUGCGUCCGGUUACCAGCCUUAUAUUGCGCCUGAACAAGCACACAGGCCUCACACCCAUACUCGUUCAUCAUCGCGAGCAUCCACCUACUCCUCUGCAUCGACAGUGGACUCGACGUCAGACUCUGUCUGCACACGCCUGUCCACCCCUCCUCGUGCCAGCCCUCCAGUCCACCACCAUGGUCCCAUCCUUCUGCCCAAGAUCCGCUCCCAAGAUCAGGAUGUCGAUACCGCUCCACCAAGACACCAUCACAUCUCUGCGCACAAGACUGCCACACCACCUCCCGCACCUCGUCGCGUAAAGACAAGGCGGCCUGCAGGAAAGCACGCCAGGAGCUACACUAACCCCGAGACCCUGAGCAACAUGGCUGCCUUUGCCCACAUGUCUUUCUCCACACCAACGCCACAACCCCAGCAGCACCAGCUGGACCACAGCUUCUCACAUUCGUUGCUCUGCUCGCCUGCCAGCUUUGCUCCCGAUAGCGAGACUCCAUCGGCUCGUCGCAGCAUCAGCGUCGAUGCCGCCGCACUGAACAAGUACGGCUACCCGACGUACCGUCAGGCGCCUGUGAUCCAACAGCCAGAGUUCACCUUCCCGUCGGCCUAUACGCCCGGUGCGCCCUCUCCCCUCGCCGUGGGUGCUGCUACGGCCAGGGUCACCCCUGAGUCGACGCCCUCCAGUGUGCUCAAGACUUUCCUCACCUCUCCCAACCCUGCUGCCUCGCUUGUAAGGACCAUAUCUUUCCCGCACAGAGACCCCAACAUCAAGCACUUUUGGUGGGAUGUUCGCAGUGUGCGGUCAUGGUCCAGCUUUACUGCGUCAACGAUCCUCUCCCUGCCAGGCGCCUCCAGUCUAAUGAGCACACCAGUCCCCGCUACCCUGCUGCCCCAGCCAGCCAUGUCUGCUCGGCACCCGGAAACUGAGGCUGGGCUGCACAGCAUCUACGCAUCCUAUUAUCUCCCCAAGCUCAACGCGGCACUUGCCCUGUCGUCUUCUUGUCCCCUGCAGAUCACUGUGCCUUCAGCCAAGAAACAAAUGGCUGGCGCAGAAGACCUCCUUUUCGCGGUCAACCCGGCAGGCGAGUCGUCCACGGCUUCCGCCAUGUUUGGCGGCAAGCCUUCAGCUCGUGUUGUCGGGCUGGUUCGCACCUUUGAUCGCUUCAACACCGGCAUGCGCGUGGAGGGCAACAUCAAGAGAGUUGAAUACCUCCGUGGCCUAGCAGCUCUGCACUACGCUAUGCGAGAACACGGUUGCCGAUACGGAUUUAUCCUGACCGAGAUCGAGCUCGUCGUUGUCAGGAAUGGUACCGAGGCCACUCCUUUCUUUGGCGAUCUCGAAGUCGCCUCUGUCCAGCUGGCUACAUCUGCGCCAUCCGAGUCAAACAUGAGCGAAGUUCCUCUCACCGCCUGUCUUGCUCUCUGGGGGCUUUGUCAGAUGGCAUCUACCACCAGCAGCCCCCAGCCUCCCCACGCGCAUUGGAGGUCUGAGAUUGGUGCGCCGGCGGAGGGUACACGCCGCAAGGCCAAGCCGAGAGACUCAUGGAUGCCCGCGCCCCAGCUUGCCGAGAAGCGGGAGGCCAAGAGAACUCGGGGUUGGAUCUGGCCCGAGGACGCCAUUGGAAGGAAGGAGAUGGGCCGAAGAGGCGUGAGGUACAACGGGAUCUAA